AUGUCGUUUUGCUCUGCCUCCUUUCAGUACUACAGCAGGGCACGCUUAGUGGCCCUCUACCGCCAGCGUCCGGAUUUAUUCACACGCGACGUGGAGCGGGUGGAUGGGGACGAUGACGCCGGCUCAGCAAAGAGUUUUCGCCUCUGUCGCCCGUUCUCGGCACCGCCUUCGCCUAGUGCUUCCCGCAGUUCCAGUCCCAACCGCACCUCAGGGCGCAGCACACCCACUUCGAACCUGGACGAGGACGAGGUCGACGAGAACACGGAGCGUCUUGAGCUUGGUCUUCAGACGGUCUCUAUCAACGGAAAUAACGAGGACACAGCAGCUUGA